GAUAGAGAGAGGAUGACAAAAUACUCAGUGUGUGUCUCUGUGUGUGGGAGGGAGAGAGAGAGAGAGACUCACACAGCACCAUUACGCACCUGUCAGUGCAGGUGGAGAGAGUGACUGUCGGAUAUCUGAACCUCGAGAUUUCCCUGGAGGGCUCCUCUUUAACUCUUUGGAUUGUUUUAUUUUCUUUCUUUUUGUAUGUUUGGUUUGGGUUUCAUUUAUUAUUAGUGUUUUGGACAGAACUGAACUUUAAAUUGAAGAUUUAGUCUUGCUGUUGCCACCAGCAGAUCAAUGGUUACUGAAUACCAACAUUUAAGUACUCUUUGAGGAGUGAAAACUGCUGGAGGAGGAAAAUCUUCAUCACAGACGUUUAUUCUGAGACUGAAUCCCAUCCUUAAGGAGGUUCCUGCUGUCGCGGCUGUUUCUGAGACGUCCAUCUUCAGACAAGCUGCGUGCUCAUGGCAGACUUCCCAUCCAAGGUUACCACAGAGACCGGCCCCCCCAACUCCCAGAGCUCUCAGCAGGGGGGCAACAGCCUCCGAGGGCUGACUGCUAACGUCACCACUAUGAUGGAUCUGUCCUUUAUCCGAAGCAUUGCGGCCAUCCUCAUGAUAGCUGAAAUAGUUCUGGGGCUGCUCCAGUGGGCGUUGAUAACCAGCGCCCCCUAUACAUUGCUGCCAGCGUAUGGCUGGGUGAUGUUUGUGGCCGUCACUUUGUGGAUCCUCACCACCAUCCUCUUCUUCAUGAUCCUGUUCGGCGCCCAGCGAAAACUCGCCGCUGUCCCCUGGCCCCUGACGGUGAUGGCGUAUAAUGGCGGGGCCACAGUCCUCUAUCUGACCGCCUUCCUGGCAAACGCAGCAUCAGUGCGGCCCUUCUACCACACCUAUUUCUACGGACAUAUGGCAGCCGCUGCUUUCUUUGGUGCCUUGGUGACCGUGGCGUACGGUGCUAGUGCUUUCUUCUCCUAUUUGGACUGGAAGGGAGAUGAAGGAAACGCCGCCACCAGUACAGUGCCAACCUAGGCCUCAAACCUGUGAAGCUGAUCCUGGAAAAAGACUCCUCAUGUUUUCUUUCCUUCAAGAUAAUUCAGUUAUUUGGAUUGUCCAGUGUUGAUACUCAACUCUCAACAGUGUCACAUGACUGCUGACUCUGGUAACCCAAACCCUGACCUUAACUUAACCCCAGGAUUCCCAAUAACAUAUCUAUAGUUACUUUUAAUUCAAACACCCUGGACCUUUACCUUCACAUUAUGCUAAUAGUAGGUGUAUCAGUACUGGGUUAGCCACAUAAAAUGUUUGUCUCUACAACACAGUAUUACUUUUAAGGGGCUCUGGGGGACUGCACUAAGGCCCCAAAUUCAGGCCUUCCUAAAAUAAUACACUGAAUAAUACUAUUGUAAAUCAACAAAUAAAUUCUUGGUAAUACCAGGGGCAUUGUUUAUAUGGAAUUAGUGGGCUUCAUACGUGCAUUAUGAAUAAUUAUAUCAUGAUAUUCAGAGCAUAACGUAGUUACUAACACCUCCAGCUUGUAUUUAAAAUACACAUAAGAUGCCUCACUGCACUUAAAACAAUAGUUCAACAUUUCAGGAAAUUACCAAAACUCACUUUCUUGCCAUGAGUUAGACAGAUCGAUACCACUCUGAUGUCUGUUAAAACAACAAUGGAACUACUGGCAGCAGCUGAUUUUCUUAGCUUAGCAUGAAGACACAAGGGGAAACAGCUAAGCUGUCUCUUUCCAAAGACAAAAAAUCCCCUCGAAAGCUCACAAAUUAACACGUUAGUACAAAAAAACGUUGCUGUGUGGCAGACUAAGAAUAUUUCUUAGCCAGUGUAAGUGCAGUUAUUUGUCUUACUCUGACACUCUAACAAAUCCUAAUAAUAAAAAAUUGCUAAAUAUAUAAAUGUUUUAUAACAAUUUUGAUGACAUUAGUUUGAAAUAUUCUAAACUGCUCCAAAGUUGUGUCCAUGAUACAUCAUUGACGCAAACAGCACAUUCGCACCAUGAAGUGUAAAAUGUUUCCGACCCUGUGUGAAUGAGGGGUUUCAGAGGAUGGAAGACUACAUUAAACAUGCCGGUUGCAAGAACUUCUGGCUCCAAACUUGACAGCCUGACCAAAGACUUCCUUCCAGUGUGGAGCACUACACUGUGUCAUCUAUCAAGGACAAACAUGAAGAAACAUCAUCUUUGUUUAGUAUUUUUGUUGUUUAUAGAGCGUUGGUUAGGCUGGUGAGUAUUGUAGUGAUAAGCCUGUAGCAUGUCAUAACCUGCUUGAUGCCUGUUUUGUGUACUUCAUGUUCAUUUUAGGAUCUAAUAACCUAACGUGACAGUGCAGGUGUGAAGAACGACUGUGUCCACAGUAAUUGUGCCCUGCAGAAAUCCAUCUUCAUUUCCUCCUCUGAAUAUCCAGGCUCACAUACAAACUCGUAAUUCCCAGGGCAACAGCCCAAGACAAAGCACUUACAAUAAAUUAAAAAAAUGUGCAGGGCUGCUCAAUUAAUAGAAAUAUUAUCGAAAUCCCAAUAUGGCCAAGUGCAAUAUCCACAUCGCAGUAACUAACUGUGUGACAAAACAGCAUUAUAAUGGAGUACUGCAGUGCUGCAGAGAUGCCCUGCCCUACAAAUUUCGUUUGUUUGGUACAGACCCCAAAAAUGUCACAUCUUCAUGAUUUUAAUAGUUUUGUCAGUAAAAAUGAAAAAUUGUGAUGCAAAAACCAUCAUUUCCACUAAUCGUGAAUCAUAUUGCAAAUUGUCAUAUUUGUCGAAAUAAUUGCAAUGUGAUUUUUUUUAACCAUAUUGUGCAACCCUAAUGGAAAAAUUGACUGUUUUGAUCACAUUUACUGAAGUAUGUUAGAAGAUGCAGGGUUUCUGCAUCUUCCACUAAGGACUCACAAAUGUGUAACAAAUUUCUUUGAUUUAUAUGACACCAUGCUCAACUCCUGUUUUAUGUGCCUUUAUAAAAUAUGUUGUGUCUUUUUGUACCAAGAAUUUGAACACUAGUGAAACUCACUGUGGGGAGUGCUGGGGCUCAACCGUGCACAAAUAAAGCAAUGAGUGAUUUCCA